UGGAAGGGGGAGGAGAGGGGGAGUCAGGGGCAGAGGGGAAGGAGAGAACAGAGGAGAUGGAGGGGGAGAGCAGUAAGGAGCUGAAGGAGAGGCUGUGUGGGCUGGAGGAGCAGCUGGCCCACUCCCAGUCUGAACUGGAGGAGCUGAGAGAACAGGUGCACCUUGGGGUCUACUCCAUGGAACAGGCGGGGGACCAUGGGGGCACGGUGGGUGAGACGGAGGGGGCGAGCCAGGAGACGCAGCAGCUGAGAGAGAGGGUGAGGGACCUGGAGGCGGCGCUGAAAGAGCGAGAGAGACAGGGGGAGGGACAGAGUGAGGGUGAGAGCACAGGGGACAAUGACACGGUCAAACAGCUGAGAAAGAAAGUUAAGGAACUACAGGCAGCCCUGGAAGAUAAAGGAACAGAAAAAGAGGGCGAAAAGGAGGACGGAGGAGGGGAGAGUGAGACAGUGAGGAGCCUCAGGGAGAGGGUGAGCGAGCUUGAAGCCGACCUGGCAGAGAGCAAGGAGUCAGGGAGAGCGGGGGAAAGGAGAGAGGGUGUGGUAAAGCAAGAAGGGGAGGUGGUGCGGAGGCUGCAGGGGCGUGUGGGGGAGCUGGAGGAGGAGCUGAGGCAGUGUGUUCCCCGUUUGGAGCUGGACGAGGUGCAGGUGACCCUGGGUCUGCAGUGUGAGCAGCUGGCCAGGGAGAGGGCUGAGGCCAGCCUGAGACUGAACGAGGCUUUACUGGAGCUGGAGAGACUACGUCCCCCCAGCCCCACACACCACCAAGGAGACGAGGAGGAGGAAGAGGAGGAAGAUAGGUCUGAGGGGUCAGAGCCCUCUAUCACAUCAGAGCCUUCCCUGAGACAGGUGAGAGAGGAACUGGAGGUGGCUAGGCAGGAAGCAGCUCAGGCUCUGGACUGUUUGUGCGCGGAACGCGAGGGCCGGGCUCAGGACACCCUCCACAUGAGAGACGCAGUAUCCCUGUCCCAACACACAGAGGCGCUGUCGGCCCUGUCGGAGCAGCUGGCCCAGACAGCCCAGGAGCUGCAGGCAGAAAGGGCCCUGCGAUGCCAUGCCCAGACUGAGACGGCUAGGCUAGAGGCCCAGCUACAGGACACACAACAGGACCUUAUACCCAGGGAGGAGCACAACAAAGUUAAGUUGGAGCUGCAGCGCGCUCUGCAGGCCAGUGAGAGCAGUGCGGCGGAGGCCAAGGAUGCUCUGAGUGUGAAGGAGACAGAGCUGAGAGACAUGAGGUCCCAAAAGGCUGUGGAACAGGGCCUGGUGUCCAAGGAGGACCACGAGUCCCAGCGCCUCUCACUGCAGGCCGAUAUCAACACACUCACCGCCCGAUUCAAUGACCUCACGCGCAAACAUGAGAAGACCUGCACCGAGGUGUUCCAGGUGCAGCGGGAGGCUCUGUUUAAUAAGAGUGAACGUCAGGUGGCCGAGGCUCAGCUGGCCACGGCGCAGCAGCAGCUGGCUGACCUGCAGGCCCAGUCCAGCCACAUCCAGGAGCUCCACAAAGACAUCAAGGACUCCCAGGGCCUGGUCAAGGAGAAGGACCGCAAGAUAAUGGAGCUCUCUAAGGAGGUUUUCCGUCUGAAGGAGGCUCUGGGGGCCCUGAGUCCUCCUCUGGGACUCUCCUCCUCCCACUCCUCCUCUCACUCCCACUCUGAGAGAGUCCCCCCUGUGAACCCUGGCCAGCAGGUGGCGCUGCAGAACAGAGUGGCUGUACUCUCCAAGGAGCUCCAGGAUUGGGAACGGAAGCACAGACAAGUUGUAGCUGUAUACCGAUCCCAUCUACUGGCUGCUGUACAGGGCCGGAUGGAUGAGGAGGUCCAAGAUCUCUUACUGCAGAUCCUGAGGAUGUCACACAAGGACCAGGGUUACUGACCCCCCCCCCCCCCCACACACAGGCAGUGUACUCCCUGUGCAAUGGAAGACACAACGGGCUAUGGGACCCAUCACUGUACUAUACCAUCUACUAACUACAGUAUAUGUACACACUUACUGAAAGCAACUGGUCUGUUCUGCAUACAGUACGUGUAGCCUUGGAAAGACAUAGAGGCUAGCCCCUUCAUGACUAGCGUUGAACUGGAUAGACAUGGACAGGUAUGGUUGUCUGGUAUCAGAAAGAGAAAUGUCUGUAUAGAUAAUUACUUGUAUUGAGUAACAAGAAUGUAUGUCUUGUCUCAAUCGUGUGAUGAGCCUAGUGAUUGAAUAUAUUUUGUAUGAUAUUCUUACAAUAAAGAUGUAGAAAGAA